AUGCGCGCCCACCGCGACGUUACCAAGCUCACGCGCGUCGCGAAAGCGAGUCACUCCGCGAUCAUCGCUCCUCGCGCGCGCGAUGCUGGCCGAAAUGAAAGCGCGUCGAACGACUUCCGACACUUCUGCGAGCGCUUCCGGCACGCCUCGACGUCGACGGAGGGCACCGCGCGCCGCUCGCUCACGACGCCGGGCUCGGUAAUCCGACGCGUCGUCACCGCGUUCGGUCCCGAUCGCGAGGGCAUCGUGAGCGAGGUCGCGCAGGUCGUGUUGCGACACGGCGGAAGCGUGGAGGAGAGUCGAAUGGCGCGCUUGCGAGGCGACUUUACGAUGACAAUGUUGGUCGCGUUCGCGGGGCGAGACGGGGAGCGGGUGAACGUCAUUGCGUUCGAAAACGCGCUGGACGCGAUAGAGAACCUCACGUCGAGCGUGCGCGCGUCGACGGAGACCGUGGAUGAGAGCGGGUCGGCGGCUGGCGUGAGCCAUCGUCGAGUGCUCUUGCGAGGAACGGAUUUCCCGGGAAUCACUCACGCGUUCGCGCGCGCGCUGUUCGACCGCGGGAUGAACAUAGAGAGCAUGAGUACGGAUACCGCGAUAGCACCUUUCGGAAACGAACGGUUGUUCCUCGUCGACGCGUUGGUUCGGCUCCCGGCGAACGCCGACGCCGCCCUGGAUGAAGGUUUGCGGGCGCUCGAGCGAGACAUGGGUCUCGACGUCGAGAUCCUAGAGCACGACCCGGUAGGUAAGAUGCGAUGA